CCUAGAACGAGGCAGACGACAAAAAACUCCAAUAUUUCUUGGGUGUUAACUAUCAGCUUUUUGUCGUCAUCUUUCAUCUUUUUUUUUAAUUAUUCCUUCUGGAGACAACUUACAUCCGCGUCAAGUUAUUUGAGAUUUGUUUUCGUACUCGUGACUGAGACAUAGGAUUUGUGGUGUGGACCUUUUCGUGCGCCGACAGGGUCUGGCGGGUUUUUCAUCUUGCCAGUGGUGUGAUCGUCUUGUUAUCACUUGUUCGACCCACCCAUCCAAUAACAUUUGCGCUCGCAUUUGCAAGGAAAAUGUUCGUUAGUUGGGAUGUACUUUUAGCCUCGACUGUGGUCUUGGCCAUCAUUUAUGAAACUCAGUCAUGGUUCAGAUACUACUUUCGGUUUACCCUCUAUAUUUCAGUUGUUAUGUUAACUUCUGUGUUUCUUAUUCCUGUUGCCAUAUUUAGACCUGGCAAUGUUCACAACACUGUAAUUGUUGCCUAUUUCCUUGGACCUUUGCUAAAUGCACUCCUUGGCAUGAAGGUUCACCUUCGUAAUGCUGAAAAUUUUGUUAAUGAUGGCUCCAUUAUUUGUGCCAACCAUCAAAGCUGCCUUGAUUUUCUUGGCAUGAUAACUCACUGGCCAACAAUGGAACGUUGUGCUGCUAUUGCGAAGAAAGAGGUGAAUUACAUUGGACCAUUUGGAUUUGUAGCUGGCCUUUGUGGGACAAUUUUCAUACGAAGAAACAAGUCACAUGAUUCCCACUCCACUAUGAAUGAAGCUGCAGAACAAGUGAAGCAGAAAAAAUUAAAACUAUGGAUCUUUCCGGAAGGAACGCGCAGCGGUGGAAGAGAUAUGCUUCCAUUCAAAAAGGGGGCUUUUUACAUAGCUAUCAAUUCCCAACUGCCUAUCACACCUGUUGUUUACUCGUACUAUUAUUUUCUUGAUCAUAAGCAAAAGCGCUUUGAUCCAGGAGAAAUUAUAAUGACUGUAUUGCCGCCAGUGUCAACCAAAGGUAUGACGAUUGAACAAUUGCCCGAGCUGAUGGAAAGGGUGCGUGUGGCAAUGAUGGAAGUGUAUCGGACCUCUUCGGACGAGAUAUAUAACGCUAACAAUGCUCAACCUUCUAGUUAAAUAUGUGACACGUAGCCCGUUUCCGUCGGCUCCUUGACUUUACACUGCUCCAAGAUGGAAAAUUGAAGUUGUAAAAUCAAUUGAUCAGUUUUUUUUUUCUGUGCAUGUGCAGUGCAUGUGGUGUGACUAGUCCCAGUAAUAGACCUGAAUUCCUAGAUUCAUCUCCUACUCCUCAUGUUCAAUAACUUUUUUUAAUUACCACUUUGUUUUCCCUUUUUGUCCUAUCGCCGUAAAAUUCCGCUGCCAUUGGCCUGAUAAACGAUGCACAAAAUC